GAUGAAUUAUAGAGAGAGAAAUAAUACAGUAAUCGGCUGAUUGUAUUGAUUGAUAGAGUAGUAGAAAAAGCGAAAAGAGAGGAUAUAGAACGAGAAUUUCGAUACUAGAAUUAUCAAACGCGAUUCAGAAUUCAUCCAAAUGCUGCCGCCGCCGCCGCAUCUUCGUUGAGAUACUUCACCCCUUCUAGUUCUUGGAUCAUCAAACAGUUACAGUACAGUCCAACUCUGUUUUGGAUUUUAGGAAGGGAGACAGACGACUGAAAGUAGAGAUGCUCUGUAGAAUGAUACCGAGGAAGACGAAGACAGGCAAAAUUCCUGUUUAUCUUAAUGUUUACGAUCUCACUCCUAUCAAUGGUUACGCUUACUGGCUUGGACUCGGCGUCUACCAUUCCGGUGUGCAAGUUAAUGGAGUUGAAUAUGCUUUUGGUGCUCAUGAACGUCCUACAACUGGAAUAUUUGAAGUAGAACCAAAGAAAUGUCCAGGUUUCACAUUCAGAAAAUCGAUCUUAAUUGGAAAGACAGACAUGGGUCCUAAAGAGGUUCGUUCACUGAUGGAGAAGCUUGCAGAUGAUUAUUCAGGAAACACAUAUCAUCUCAUCACCAAGAACUGCAACCACUUCUGUAAUGAUGCGUCUCUCAGUUUGACUGGUAAACCAAUUCCUAGAUGGGUUAAUCGUCUUGCUCGUCUUGGGUUUCUUUGCAAUUGUGUUCUUCCUGCUGGUCUGAAUGAGGGCAAGGUGAGGGUGCAACAAGUUAAAGUACAAAACAAGGGUUUGGAUGAGAAGAAGUUGAGGAGCAAUUCAACUCGGAUCUUAUUUUCCUCUAGUCCUGGGGCUGCUUCAUUAUCACCGUCGGGUUCAGAAUCAUCGGCUAAAACAAAAGUUAAUAGUAACAAACAACGAUCUAUUAGUCGUACUCGAUCUCAUUCUUCAUCUUCAAGUAAGAAAUAGAGAGGCAUAACAGUAUUAUACUUUUUACUAUUCCUAGAAAUGAAAAAGACUGGAAAAAAUGGCCAUUGUUUCCUUUGAACUUACAAAAACUGGAUCAACAUGUAAGUUCUGUUAUAAUUCUGAAGUGGAAAUUUGAUAUAUUUUGUAUUCUA